GUGACGCCAAAUCCAUUUAGUUUACUUAAAUCGUUAGGAGCUGAGCCCGCGGUUCAGUUUAUAAUUAGCCGGUUCCGUUAUUGUUGCACGAAAAAGUCGAUUUGUCCCACGACUUUUUCAUUUACUGGUUCAGUGCCGCGUCUUAAGUGGAAUAACUUUUAUUGAACUUGAACUCAUUAUUACCUUUGAUUAGUGUGUAUUUGCCACAAAAAUGGUAUUCCGAAGCGUAAAACUAGCUAUACCUUUAUUGGGAGUCCUCUUGUGGGUGCUAUCAAUCCAUUCGGGCAUCUUUUCGGAUGCAGCCUCACAGUACAUGCAAUUAUCAUUUGAAGGUGACGGAGUCCACCACAACAACGUCCUGGACGAUCCGAUGCCGGACAAACCAGUCGCGGACAUUUUGGACCAAAUCACCCGUCACGAUCUGAACCGGACAGUCGCUUUUGCCGCAUCGAUGGUCGAAUUGAUGGAGAGACUGGAAAACAAUCUUUUGUGGUCAGAAAUAAAGGUUGCUGAUGGUUCUCCUUCGCAUGGGAUGCUGAUAUCGUUUGGUCCAGAAAGAGAAGCUUUGGAGAGGGGCAAAGAUGCGCUAAUAGCUUUGAAAGCUACCAGUCAGCUUUUGUAUACUUAUUGCACCAGACUUUCAACUGCUAGCUCUCAUCCAUUGAAAGACCGAGAUUGUGCCAAACUGUUGUCCAGAUUCACAUUCAAAGGCACCGACCUAUACAACUCGUGCGAUAUGAUGAAAUCGACCUGUCACAGGCAUCAGUUGGCUUCGCCUUAUAGGAGUAUCAACGGCAGCUGCAACAGCAUCGAAAAUGGUCUCAGAGGAGAGUCUUUCACUGGUUAUUCGCGUUUGCUCUAUGCUGAUUACUCGGACGGAGUCCACGCAACUCGCAGAUCCGUAACCAAAAAGAGCCUCCCAAAUGCUAGAAAAGUUGUAAGAACCCUGGUGAAAACUGACAGUAAACCUUCGAAAAGAUUCACUCUAGCUGUGAUGCAGUGGUCUCAAUUUUUGGAGCAUGACCUGAGUCGAUCCGCUACAGCAGUGGCAAUUCACACUGAUAGUCCUAUAGAAUGCUGCAGCAAGGACGGCGACAAAUUGUCUCCGAGAUAUGUUCAUCCUUUCUGUUCGCCUAUUCCAGUAUACGAUGACAAAAAAUACGCCAAAGAAGGAGUGACUUGCCUGAAUUAUGUCAGAUCUAUUCCGGCAAUCAGGUCGGAUUGUACUUUUGGCGCUUCAGAUCAGGUCAAUCAAGCCACUCACUAUUUGGACGGUUCCCAAAUUUACGGUUCAACUGAAAGAAAAUCUGAUCAACUUCGUGCUUUUAAUGAUGGAAAAUUGGCUACAUCUACUUAUGAAAACAGACAAUAUUUGCCUUUAGCUGCCGACCCCACGCACAAUUGCCAGUUGUUUUCAAAAAAUUCUACUUGCUUCGAGAGUGGAGAUGCUAGGGUAAAUUUCCAGCCCCAGUUGGCUCUAAUGCAUACGUUAUGGUAUCGAGAACACAAUAGGAUUGCAACAGAUUUGGGUAAACUCAAUCCAGAUUGGAACGAUGAACAGAUAUUCCAGGAAACUAGAAGAAUUGUUAUUGCUGAAAUGGCUAAAAUCACUUAUUAUGAAUGGUUGCCAGCAGUUUUGGGUAAAUCUGUACACAAAAAAGUAAUCUCUUCGUCGUUCUAUAAUAAGCACGCUGACGCAUCAGUUUCCAACGCUUUUGCCACAGCAGUGAUGCGCUCAGUGAAAUCAAUGUCCGACGGUAUGCCUAAGCUUUUCGAUGAAGCCCGUACAGUUAACGAAUCCAUUUUUAUGCGUAACUAUUUCCACAAUCCUGGUUUGUUGAGACAGGCGGGCGUUUUGGACGCUCUCGCCAGAGGACUGAGCACCCAGGCUAGCCAGAGCUUGGAUAUUUAUUUUGCUGAUGAUUUGAUCAAUAAAUUGUAUACGAAUGGCAAAUUUGGAUUUGACGUGCUUAGUUUUGAUGUGCAAAGGGGCAGGGACCACGGACUUCCUGGUUAUGUCGAUUACAGGCAGUUUUGUGGACAUAAGAAGGCUGAGAGUUUUGUUGAUUUUAUUGAUAUUAUGAGACAACAGGAUAUCGUCGCCCUACAACACGUCUACGCCAGUCCGAAAGAUGUAGAUUUGAUCAUUGGCGGUCUCUUGGAAAAACCCAGAGGAGAUUCAUUGUUCGGUCCAACUUUUUCCUGCAUCCUCGCUACUCAAAUGACGAGAACCCGCCAGGGCGAUAGAUACUUUUACGACAACCUGAAACAGCCGAAACCGUUUACCAAGGAGCAGUUGGGCGAAAUUGAAAAAGUGUCGCUGGCCAGGAUUAUUUGCGACAACAGUGACGGAGUGGAGAGAAUGCAAAGGAAAGCAUUUGAAAAACUAAGCACUAGCAAUCCUCUAUAUGAUUGUGCUUCUGAAGAAAUACCGAGGCUCAAUUUGAACUUCUGGCAACAGGCCCCAAGCAAUCCUCCUAGGUAUUAUAAUUAAAAUUGCCUUGAGGGACUUUCAUCGUCAAGACUGAUUUAUUAAUGGCUGUUUAUACAAAUUAGGUAUUUAGGUUAAGCUAUUUGUACAAAAAUAUAAUUUUGUAUGUUAAGAAACCAGUAUCUAAAUCUAAAUUUUUUUAAGUAGUACCCAAGAAGAUAUCAUAUCUACAAUAUUUAUCUAGUCUAUUAAGGUCUUAAUAAUACAUAUGGAUUUUUCAAUAUUAUGGGUUCUGGUCAACAUUUUAGUGGUCCCCAAUAAUUGUUUGGAAUCCUUUUUCUCAUUAGCAAGCUAUAUUAGUUUGUGGCUUAUAAUAAUGUUUCCAUAAAUAUAAAUAGUAAGGUAUUUAGGGUGGGUUCUAGAAUCUGUUUGCUUGAUUUCCUGGAACCCAAAGUUAUAUUUACAAUAUUUAUUUAUAUACAAUUAUAACGUUUAUUUGAAAUAAAGUAUUUGCGUUCUAUACUU